UCAUCGAUUAUACUCAUUCCAUAUAAAAAACAUGUCAACCUUACCACUUUCAAAUCCCAUACACAUUACAAUAAUAUUCUCAUUCUUGAGUUGAGUUGUCAUCAAUUUUCUUUCUUUCUCUUUUGCAAAACCAUUCAUUCUUUGUUAACAGGCUUGCAAGUUUCAACACAUUAUGUGUCCCCUAAGGUUCAUCCUAAUCUUUCUCUCCACCGCGUUGGCCGCUUAUUUCGCAUGGACCACCGUGCGUUCCUCCCCGGAGACUGACUUCACCACAACCCAAGGCCACAAUGAUGAAUCCUCCUCCUCCAACAAGGAAAAUUUCAAUUUUAAAAAGAUGAUUCAGAAUGGAUUUUGGGUACUCGUUGACAUGGCUAGUGGGAAAUAUCUUUGGAGGAAUUUGAGGUCUAAGAAUGAUACUGGAGUACAGCUAAAGAGCUAAUAGGAGUAAUACAGCCUAUAGUUCUUUAUUUUCCUUGUUGCAGAAACUGUAAUUCUUUUGUUUAUUUUGUGAUUUCUGAUAGAGGAACUUGUCAAUUCAAGUCUUUCCAAACUUCUUUCUUGUUUUAUUCUUGGUAAUACUCGGUAGGUAAUGGUCUCUUGUAAGAAUUGUAAUUGCAUAUAUGAGUUCAAUCCUAUCCUAGUUUCUCA